GUGUUGCGUAGCUUUGUGGUUGUUUUGUUUUUUGCAACGCGACACGGAGGAAGGAGCUAAAAUCAACGAUGAGUUGGUUUGAGAAGGCCAAAACUGUUAUAAUUGAGGCCUUGGACAUCCAGGAUGAUGAUAACAGCAAUAAUAGCAAUAAGCCAUUGUCCACAUCAACGGACACGGCGCCAAUUGAGGGGGAGGACGUGGCCAGCGGGAGUGGUAGUGGGAGUGGCUUGGCAACCACCAGCAAAACAAUUGCGGGGGGAGUGCUAACGGGAGCUAAUGAGGGCAUGUCCUUGACAGAUGCAUCGCCGACAUUUUAUGAUAAUCCUCAUGCCAACGAAAUGGUUACUAUAGCACCAAAGGCCAGCGAUUCUGGAGCCGGAACAGGUGGUCCAGCUCAUACGAUGGCCAAGCGCCAAUCCGCCACAUCGGAUUCUAUAGACUUGCUGUCAUCACCAUCGGGUGGGAGUGAAGGUGAAGUACAUAUUCCUGUCGGGGUUUCGGCUGGUUUGGGAAAGCGACCAUCGGAAUCCUCAUUGGAAUUGAUAACAGCCACCACAGCCAGUGAAAUGGAAAUGUCACCAGAUACAGAGCCAUCGCUGCCCGACAGCAUAGUGAUUAUAGCCAGCAAUGAGACGUCAUCGGACAAUGACGAUGAUGAUGACUGCGGUCAGCUGGAAGGUCAUAAUCUGAAUGAUUCGACAAAAACCAUGAAGGCUUUGGUCUUCAGUGAUACCCAAAUGGCUGCCAAUGUGGCAAUGAGCACUGGUGCUGAUUCCGAUUCCACGCACAGCUUUGAGGACAUCCAGAUCCAAAUGCAACUAAGUCAGAAGAGUAAAGGUGAAUUCGAAAUGGAAGCGUCGGGCCAAACAGCCCAACAACACCAGCAGCAGCAGUCUUCCAAGUCAGCCGAUGUGGUAGACCAAAGCUAUUCAUCCACAUCGUCAGAUAUUGAGAUAAUCUCAAAUCCUAAUGGCGGUGACUCGAGUACAAAUAGCACCACAACACGAACUAGCCCACAGAAAUUUAAGGAAUUGGGCAGUGGCCCUAAUGCGGGCAAUAAAUCAUCAUCCUGCUCCUCCUCUGUUAUGAUGCUGAAGCCUAAGGGACAUCAUCGAGAGCCAUCGGAGAUAUCGUUGCUCUCACAGGAUUCCCAAACAGAGGAGCUCGAUAAGCUAGUGAAACGAAUUAGCGAGCUUAAUCAGGUAAUUGAAGUGCGCGAGCAACGUUUGCUUCAAUCGGAGCGUCAGAAUUCAGAGCUGCUGGAGCGAAAUCAGGAUUUGUUGGCCCAAUUAGAUGUGGCCAACAAUAGAGCCAAUAAUCCCGAUGCCACCGAGGCAGUGCAACGUUUGUCGGCCCUAGAAAAGAAAUUCCAAACGAGCAUUAGAGAGCGCGAUGCUCUACGCAUUCAAAUUAAAACCCUUAAAGAUGAGCUACUUAACAAGAUACCCAAGGAUGAGCUUACUGAAUGCAACGACAUGAUAGCCGGUCUACAAUCCGAAGGGGAGAAACUGUCCAAAGAGAUACUUCAGCAGUCGAUCAUCAUCAAGAAACUGCGGGCCAAGGAGAAGACCUCGGACACUUUGUUGAAAAAGAACGGUGAACAGAUCUCGCUUCUUUCCAGUGAGUCGGAGCGUCUGAAGCGCUCCCUGGCAGCCAAAGAGGAAAUGGAGCGGACCCAAAUCGAGGCUGUGUGCAAAAUGACCAGUGAGAAGCGUCGCGUUGAUGAGGAAAAUGCCGAACAGCGAUCUCGUAUAGAAGAUUUGCAAUCAAGACUUUCGGCCGUCGAGUCCAGUUUUGAUGCCCUUAAGGGUGACCUCCACAAACGAACGCGUCUGGAGCAGGAUAAUCUAAAGUCCGAGAACCAGGAGUAUUUACAACAGAUCAACGAUUUGCGAGAAAAACUACGCCUCACCGAACACAACCUGGCGAAACGAGAACAGCAAUUACGGGAUGAGAACCGCCAAUUGAUGCAACGUUUGGAGAUGGCAGAACUAAGGGCUGAGUCCUCCACACAGGAACUAAGUGAGACAACUACUCCACUAAUACGGCAGAUUGAGUCCCUGCAGAAAACUCUUAAUCAACGCUCGGAGAGUUGGCAAAAGGAAGAGCAGCAUCUUAUCCAACGGCUUGAGGAUUCACAAAUACAAUUGAGAUCACUGCAGCAAUUGGAAUCUGUGCAGGAUGAAAAGCAGGAGCUAAUGCGUGCACGUUGCAACUUGCUCGAGGAGAAGCUAUCGAAUGCUCUCCUACAAGCGGAAACAGCUAAAAACUCACUAAGGCAACAACUGGAGAUGGAACAUAGCAUCAAGGAAGAUGACCAUCAAAGGCAAUUGGCUACCCUAAGAGAUGAUCUUAGAUUGCAGAUGACCAAAAACGAACAGUUGGAACAGCACAUUAAGCAGCAACAGGAGGAAAAUCGAAUUUCUGCUGAACAGCAGCGGCAACAGAUGCUGGAGACCACGCCCGCUUCCCCUUCACUUCUCACCGUUGAGGCAGUUAAAGCAGCCACUGCCCAACAACAAAAAUCUCAUCCACGCUGCUCACCACCUCUCAGUCUAGCCGAUGACAGUGGCGGAUCCAACGAAGAGGCCACUUUGGGUGGCGGCAUACUUGAUUGGCAGGCAGAUGAUUUAGAUUGUGGUUCCAAUUCUGGUCGCCAGAACUCUGGCAUCGUACAGGGAGUGCAUCUUAGCUUCCUAUCAGCAAAUACCACCACGCUGGAGCAUCUUCAGGCUCUGCUCAAGCAGCGGGAUGGUGAAUUGACGCAUCUACAAUGGGAAUUAUCUCGCCUUCAGGCGGAACGUGGCGUACUUGAUGGCGAAAUAUCCACAUUAACUAUAGAAUUGGAGAUGCUCAAGGAGAAACUUAUCCCCUAUGAGGCCAUGGAGAAAUGUUAUGAGGAUCUGCAGCAUCGUUAUGAUGCCCUACUCCAAAUGUAUGGCGAGAAGGUGGAGCGAACCGAAGAGCUGGAGUUGGAUUUGACCGAGCUAAAGCAAGCGUAUAAACUGCAAAUUGAUGAGUUACUAGCAGCACCGCCACCAAAUCUCAAAAGACCCGGCAAGCAGACAUGAUUAAUGGAGGAAUUUAGGGCUUCUAUGUAUUUGCCAUGUCUGAACUAUUGAUUAAUGAAUCAGCGCCCCAUCCUUCCUCCAUGUAUUAUUCACGUCAAAAAGAAAGGCACACAACUAUAGAGAAAGAGAUGCAUUUGAAGAUAAUGCUGAUGGCCUUUAUUUGAUUUGUUUAUUUAUUUUUACACAUAUAUAUAUAUAUAUAAUUAUAGUUGUAUAUGUUUGUGUUCUGUUAAA